UUAUUGAAUAGUAACUUCGUAGUUCGUACCCUGUGAUUAGGAAAGAAAGCAAUUAGCGAACUAUACUGUAAAACAAAUCUUGCACAUUAGUCAUUAAAGCUAGUUAAAAUUUAAACAGCGUCUUUGUUGCACCAGUGUUAACGUGGGUAGCUUCCCAACAUCUUCAAAUACAAUGAAUACGCCUAAGACAGAUGUAAACCGAGACCAAGUAGAUGUGAUGAUAAUAAACAAACAAGUGAGAGUUAUUCACUGCUCUGAUGGCGUUGAAGAGGAAAUCGAAGAAACAAUGUUAGAUGAAAAUAAUAUCUCUCCAAAUGAAGUAGAAAAUAUUGAGCCUCAAACUCUCUCUUGGGGUCAUUGGAUCUCUUACUACACAUGGAAAUCUGGUACCAAAUUAUUAAAUGUAGUUGACAAUGCUGGAGAAACAUUAGCCGAUUUCUUUGGUAUCACAACUCCAAAGUAUCAAAUUGAAAUAAAUGAAUAUGAGCGCAUUCAAGAGGAAAAUAAGAGAUUAGAAGAGGAGUCUGCUGGUUGGGUCCCAAGAAAUAUUGGUGGUGACAUACCACUGGUUUUGAAUGAACCUGUAAGGGAUAAACAUACAGUUUGAAUUUAAAAAAAUACUUAUCUUAUACUUAGCUUAUGAAACAGUUUUAUAACUAAGUUAGUUUUAUAAACAUACUUUGAAGAUUAGCCAAUAAAAAACUAUGUUUCUAUUUCACAGUAUUGAAUGUGACUGGUUAUCAAGUAUAACUUUAAUAGCCAGUGUCAGCCUUGUGGCGAAGUUUUUCCCCAAGUCAUGCAUUCACAAGGUGCGCCAUUACAUUCUUCUAUAUUUACAAUUAAAGUUUGUACUGUUAAAGAAAGACAUCUUAAGAAGAGUGGCAUGUCUUAGACACAUCAACCUUGUAUGUUACGAGAUAUUUAAAGUUAUGAAUAAAACAAUUAUUGAAACAGAUGCAGAAAUGUAGAUGCCUUGUGCACAGAAAUUCCAUACAAAAGUAUGAUUUGGUUUGUAAAUAAAUUUUUCUUUUCUAAAAUCCUUUGAUGAAUAUAAAUUUUAUAUAGUGUAUGUGUUAACGUAAAAUUGUAAACACCUUUAGAAUGUA